UGAGAUCCUCCUGCGCGCGCUGCUGAUGCGAGAAGAACACCGCGCUCUCAUUCAUUACAGACUGAGCUGAGACUGAAAUGCUCACAGAUAUGAUUGAAGAAGAAUUUGACAUUAAGGAGGAAGAACCCUGGUACGAUCAUCGGGAUCUUGAACAUGAUCUCCAUUUGGCCGCUGAACUGGGUAAAAACUUACUGGAGCAAAACAGAGAGUUAGAACAGAGACUUCAACAGAAGUAUACCACCAACCAGGAGCAGCUUCAGGAAAUAGAGCAUUUGUCUAAACAGGUGGAUUUGUUGAGGUCAGUCAAUGAUCAGCAUGCUAAAGUCUACGAACAGCUGGAUGUGACGGCACAAAACCUGGAGCAGAAAAACCAAAGACUGCUUCAAGAGAACCGAGCUGCUCAGCUAAAGAUUAAGGGGCUCACAGAGACUGUGGAUGGGCUACAGAUGCAGGUGGAUGAGCUCCAUCGAGAGAUGAAGAAGUUGGUUUCUUCUGAACAGAACCGUUCCAGUACACACUCACAAACCCUACAGCCUGAUCAUCUCCAGUGUCACAUGUGCUACAAGUGCCAAUUGCACAAAAACUCCCCUGAGCACUCCUCUUCUGCCAGCCAUUCAGCUUUAAAAGAGGAGGUACAGGAUGAGGCAUGCAUUGACCUCAUGCGCUCCCUGAAUUCCCUGCAGGCCCAGCUAAACACAGAGCGUUCUCUGAGAGAAGCUGCGGAGCGGGAAGCCGAUGCUCUCACUCGCAACCUCAGCGAACUGGAGCCAAAACUAGCACUGCUGGGAGACUACAGGGAUCGCAUGGCUGAGAUGGAGGCCGAAGUCAAGGAACUACGACAAAUGCGGUCUAACACCAUCGCUCAAUCCAGAUUCCCUCAUAGCCUGCCUUUAGACACUGUAUUCCUUGCGUCUGAUGAGGAAAUGGGCGUGGUCAGACAAAGGGGGCGUUGCUUGAAUCGCUGUAGCAGUGAGAGGCAGUUGCACAGUUCUGGUUAUGAUGAGGGAAGGGCUACAGAUGAGAAUGGACAGGGUUGUUUUAAACAGGUCGAAGGUGCGAAGCAUCACGGUAUUUCUUUGCUAAAUGAGGUGGAUGCGCAGUACACAGCCCUGCAGGAGAAAUAUGACACAUUGCUACGGCGAUGCGAGAGUUGGAUGGGACAACAGAACCACAAAGCCAUUCAGACACCCGUGGACAGUUCUGCCCAAACACAAACACACUCCCAGGGUGUAAAUACACAGGAAGAUGCCCCGCUGCCUGAGUAUAAAGUCCUGUUUCAGGAGAUUUUCACUUUUAUUCAGAAGAGCACAAAGGACCUGAAGGAAAACAGGAUCAAGCCCAGUCAGGCUAAAUGAAGCUAUUUUCCAAACCCUAAAGACAUGUGCUCAUUGAACUUGGCAUCUCUGCCAAAGGGCAUUAGUCUGACAGAUAUAAUCAGUAAUCUGAUUGUCAGAGUUAAAGACCUUAUGGGUGUGAUAAAACCAGCUCUCACCUGAAAUCACCCAUGCACUUAUUGAAAAGUGACUCCAGAAGUAUUUGGACAUGCCAGAAGACAAACUUAAAAAUGUAUGAAUACCAUAACUUACUAAUGCCCUUGAUCUAAAAGUUUUUAUACUUUCUUUUGUAGUUACUUUAAAUAGUACCCACUUUAGUGGGUGUAUGCAGGGGGGCUGCUAAGGAUUUUGGGCCCCAUGAAAAGAAUCUUGACAGGGCCCCCAACACAGCUGAGACUUUUUUCAUAUUAAUUUACAUAAAACCAUGCGCUUUUAUGGUAUUUUGACUACCAAUGGGGUGAGAAAAUUUUACUUGAAUUAAGUGUUUAAGAAAAAAGAAAUCUUAUUUCACAAAUUUUUUCUCACCCCAUUGGCAGAUCAUUUUGCUUGUUUUAAGGACAAUUUAACUUAAAUUGUAUAUUAAUUUGUCUUAAAACUAGACUCAUUUACUCAUCAAGAAAAAGCAUUUUAAUUUAAUUUAUAAUUUAAGAAUUUUUUGAUAUUUCUACUGAAAACAAGACAAAAAUACUAAGUAAGAAAGUAAUUUUUUGCAACGUUUAACUAAAACUGUGUAUUGUUAUUUUUUCCAGCGUUUUCUUGACCUAACAUGGGGAGAAAAUUAAGUUCCCUUAUCAUGCACUUUUAACACUAGAACAGCCACCAGUAGUCAUUUUAACUGCAACAUUUAAACUUAUGCAUUGCAAAAACAAUUAUUUUCAAGAAACAAAUUCUUAGUAAUUUUUUUCUUUUUUCAGUAAAAAUAUCUAAAAAUUCUUAAAUUAAGAUGCUUUUUCUUGAUGUUGAUGAGCAAAACGACCCAAGAAAAUAAGUCUAGUUUUUAGACCAAAAAUAUUAAAUUUAAGGGAUUUUGUGCAUAAAACAAGCAAAAACAAUCUGCCAAUGGGGUAAGCAAAUUUUUCUUGAAUUUAGUGUUUAAGAAAAAUGUUCAAGAUUUUUUUGCAGGCAAAUUGGGUAACAUAAUGUCGACCCUUUGCCUCUUUCACUUCUUAUUUUUUUCUCUUUCCGUUUUUGACUUCCAGAUUUUUGAGGCAUUUUCACUUCCUUGUCAGUCAAGUUGAUAUUCUGCCGAUGCUAUAAGUGAAGUCAAGCUGUGUUCCCUGGAUUAUACAAUUUGGGCGGACUGAACCAUUUUAUGAUAAUUGAGAGGGGGGCAAGGGGCCACGGACGUUUGUGUUUCCUAAACAAAUAUUUUUUUUGAUACCAGGAAACAGCAAAUAGAAUAAUUUAAAGUUAAUAAUUUUUACUAUUAAAUAUUUUUAGCACCAAAAUUUUGGGGGCUUCUCUGGGCCCCCUCUUACCCGUGGGCCCCGAGAAUUGUCAUUGUUUACCCCCCCUUUACAGCACCCCUGGGUGUAUGAAGUACUGUACUCUUAGAAAUAAAGGUCUUUGCUGGGAGAUUUGGUUCCAUAAAGAAUCUUUAGCAUCCACAUAACCUUUAUGUUAUGAAAAGUUUAUUUUUUAAAUGGAUAAUGAUUCUUUUAAGAACCUCAACUUAAAUGGUUCUUCUGUGACAUCACUGGUAGGAACCCUGUAUAGGCACCAAAUUUUUAAUAGUGUAGAUGUUGAAAACAUUAAAUAUGAAUAUUUUUAAUAAUCUUUAAGUAUCUCUAUCACUGUAAAAGAAAUGCAGCAAGAAGUUAAAGUACCUUGAUUAUGCAAGCCAAUUCAACCUACUAUUUUAAGUUUUGACUUGUGUGUGAUAAGUUGACAAUACUUAUAAAAACAAGUUGCAAUUGUUUAACUUAAUUUGUUAAGUUAAUUUAAAGGGGACAUUUCAUGAAAAUCUUACUUUUUCCAUGUUUAAGUGCUAUAACUGGGUCCCGAGUGCUUUCAUCAACCUAGAUAAUGUGAAAAAUAAACAACAAAGUAACUUAGUUUGGGUAAACCAUUCUCUGCAAGAAUGUGAAAAAAUAGCUAAUUGAAAUUAGGCUUCCUUUGUGAUGUCAGAAGGGGAUCAUCUUAUAAUAAUACUGCCCCUUAAUCUGCACUAUCCAACUAUGGCACUGCCAUUCAGUGCAGAGAUCAGCUCAUUUGCAUUUUAAAAGACCCACCUAAAAACAGCACAUUUUUGCUCACACCUAAAAAGUUGAAAUUUUAUCAUGUUAUAAUAUAUUAUCUAAAAACAAACAGUGGUAUAUAGCACCAAAAGUGGUUCUUUGCUUGUAAUCAUAGAAGAACCAUUUUUAGUGCCAUAUAGCACCGGUGAAGCACCUGUGUAGAACCAUAUAGGGGCCAUAUAGCACCACUAUAGCACCACACAUAUGGUUCUACAUAGCACUAUAUGGUUCUACACAGGUGCUAUAUGGCACUAAAAAUGGUUCAUCUAUGAUUACGAGCAAAGAACCACUUUUGGUGCUAUAUAGCACCAUUUGUUUUAGAGUGUAUUUUGAGCUAAAACUUUACAUAUGUACUCUGGGGACACCAAAUAUUUAUUUUACAUCUUUAAAAUGUCUAGUGAAAUGUCCCCUUUAACAUAAAAAGAUGUGAUUUGACGUUUUUACAGUGUAGAUGUUAAAAACAAAAAGAUUUCUGUUUCUGUAUUUUGAAAUCAAAAUACCUCUAUUUUUAUUGCACAUUUCAUAUAACAAUGUCCAUUAUUUAAGGCAGACCUUUAUCUAAUAAAGUAGUCAAUCAAUUUUUGUUGUCAAUCUUCAGAAAUUUUACAUCUGUUGUAUUAUUCUGAAUACAUUUUUUUUAGUAUUUCCUUUUUGAUAAAUACACAAACUGGGCUAGCACUCUAGCAGUCUGCAGUGAGGUUUAAAUCAUUGUAUCUGUUCAUCUUAAUCAUCUGUAUCUGUUCAGAACACAGCAUGGACUUUGAACCUUUAGAUGUAUUUUUAGAGCGGGGACAUCAGAGAACAGUUGCCCUUCUGGUGGCAAAGCUUCCUCUAAUCAACUCACUUGAUAACAUUAUAGUGACAAAGCAUGCAAUAGGUAACAUCAUUAUCAGGCUGAACUGAAAAAAAAAAACACACUGUAAAAAGACACACGUGCUUCCUUAUCUUCAUCACAUGGGGU